UUUCGAUUACUUUUCUACAGCUCGAACUUUAGAUAGAUAUAUUGGGGAAUCCAGUCAUGCAGGUCUCAAAGUCAAAUAAAAGGGUUACUCUUCGUUCACGUCCAGGGGACAGUGGUGUGACAGCAGUAGAGAACUUUGCGACAGAAGAAUGUCCAUACCCGACUGAUCUUCCAGAUGGCAAACUCUUGGUGAAAACUCUGUGCCUUUCAGUGGACCCAUACAUGAGAAGUCGGUUGAAUGAAAAGACAAGAGCUGCUUACAUGCUGCCAUGGAAGGUUGGUCACACCGUAGAUGGGGGCGGGGUAGCACUGGUACUCGAGAGUAAACAUGAUUGUUAUCAACCUGGUGACAUCAUCCAAUCAUUCAAUCUACCAUGGCAACUCUACAGUCAAGUUGAAGUCAAUCAAUACUUCUCAAAGGUGGAGAAAUCUUUGGUUGGAGACCAUUACUCUUUGGCUGUAGGAGCCAUUGGAAUGCCAGGUCUUACAUCACUCCUAGGCAUCAAGCAUAAAGGUGGUGUAGUUCCUGGAACCAAUCAAACUAUGGUCAUUAGUGGUGCUGCUGGAGCAUGUGGAUCCUUAGCUGGACAGAUAGCAAGGAUCUUGGGAUGUGGCCAUGUUGUUGGGAUCUGUGGUACCGAUGCGAAGUGCAGUAUGCUGACGGAGGAGUUGGGGUUUGAUGUCGCUAUCAACUACAAGACCCAGAACGUGGAGGAGCGACUCAAGGCUGCAUGCCCUGCUGGAGUAGAUAUCUACUUUGAUAAUGUGGGAGGAGAGAUCAGUGAUACAGUUAUCAUGAAGAUGAAUAAAGACAGCAAUAUCAUUCUGUGUGGGCAGAUUUCAAUGUACAACAACCUACACCGUGACUAUCCACCUCUGUUAGCGGAUAAUAUAGCCCAGAGAGUCAAAGAUUUCAACAUUAAAAGGGAGCGAUUCGUGGUCCUGACCUAUGCAGAGGAAUUUCCAGAGGGAUUGGUUCAACUUGCAACAUGGAUUCGGGAAGGAAAAUUUAAGGUGAAAGAGACAGUGACUGAAGGACUAGAGAAUACAGGAGCAGCAUUUGUAUCUAUGAUGUCAGGUGGCAAUGUAGGUAAACAGAUCGUCCAUGUAGCAGACCCAUAGAGAUGCACAUCAGUGGGGAUACUAUGUCAUCAGGGUAUCGGGGGUGCCACCUUUCAGGCCCUGACACCUUUCAAUUUUACAUGGACUACCUCAAUACAAGAAAUUUUGAUUUCUCAUAUGUGAUGUAAAUUAUUUGCAAUAAAAUCUUUAUUUAGUAAUGUGUCUACGUUUGAUCAUCAUGCAUUCUUCAUGUAGUAAAAUUAAAUGAUUUAUGGGGACCAAGGCUUUUGAAAUAUAAGGCUCCGUAUCUUGUAUUUUACUGUUUAUUUUAUCCAACUAAUAAUCUAUGACAAUUAUUAAUUACUGUAAAAUCUGAAAUUUUACAUGCCUAAAAUUUUUGAAAAUUUGUGAUUGGUCCAGAUUUGCCUUUUUUAAUUUUGUUGCGAUUCACAAAGUUCCUUGCUGUGGAAAUUGUUGUCUUUUACAAAUUGUGAAAUUUCCACGUCAUGAAAGUUUGUGGUUUUUUAGUAGUCUUAUCUUGGGUAGAGACAAAGGCAUUGAAAUCUGCACAUUGAGGUUGACUACAUUAAGGCUUCAGUGCUUAUUAUUAGUUUUGUAAUUCUGAUCCUUGUGAAGAUUUGUUAUAUACCCCCCGUUUAAAAAAAAUGUAUCUUCCCAAUGGGCUGGAUUAUUGUCAGCAAACGCACACACAAACACAUACCCACAUAUAUAUUGCAAACAUUUCCAAAAAGGGAACGUUGAUGUAAGUUACACAACCAUUAUUCUCUCAUUUUCACUCAUAGAUGUGUGUAUAUACUGUAUAUAUAUAUAUAUAUAUAUAUAUAUAUAUAUAUAUAUGUAUAAUGAUGUCUUCCUUCUCACAAUUUUUAUAAAGUAUUUGUAAUGGAUUAUGUGAAAAAAUUGCCUCAACUUAUUUUUAGUUUGUGUAGGCAUAUUUACUGACACUUAGAGGUCCCAAGCUCUUCAGUCAUACAUUUAUAUAACACAUGUAAUUUACUAAAGCAGUACUCGCCCCAAUAUAAUGUUAUAUGAGAUUAAUCAAUAACACAUUUUUUGCCCCAAUAAACUUUUGUUGAUGAAUUUAUGAUUUAUUGGUAGUUGGCAGCUAAAAGAUGUCCCAAUUACUUCUAUGUACUUUGUAAUAAUUUUGAAGAAUAUCUGGAAACGUUUGUAGUUAAUCUGCACCAGUUAAACACCAACUGCUUGAUUUUACCACUCUUGAUGAUACACUGUAUAUCUUUAUUUAUAUUUUCUUGCCGAAGAAAAGAGUUAAUUUUAUGAUUGGUUUAAAUGUCAACUUGCAUGUUGAUAUACUAACGAUGGGGAAAAGAUUAUAAAUAAUUCUCACAGGAAUGCCUUGAAAUGCCAUGAACAUACCGGUUCUCAUAAGCAUCUCCGGAGACCUGUCAAUCGUGAAAUACAAAGUCUGGAUCAGUUACAGUUUUUAAAAGUGCCAACGUCACAUAGCAAUAUAAUUCAUGAAUAUUCAUGAGAAUAUGCCUUCCUGAAUGAUUUGAAUAUAGUCUCUUCAGACAAUGAAAUCAAUAGGUUACCUUGUGCAUGACGCUGUAGUAUGUCAGUUGAAUUAUUUAAGAAGCAUCUUAAAACACACCUAUUUACAUUGUAAUUGAGUGCAUUACAUUUUCUAUCAUAUUAUUUGUUUUGUAAAGCACUUUGAUCAGUUCUAAAUUGGAUAUAGCGCUAUAAAA